GAUUUCUAGGUCAUGGCGCGUGUUCCGCAUUGGCGUGUUGACUGUCAUCUGUGUUUGUUUAUUUUGACGAGAAUGUUAUGACGUACUUAUCAGAAGAGCAAUUCUAGGACGAUUUUAUGUUAUCACUGUAAGAUAGUACAGAUAGAUUAGAUUCAGAAAUAGGGUCAAGGUCAGGAGUUAGAAAACACAACACUAGUGAUAUGUCAAGUUAGGGAUAAGGAUGAAUGAUUAGGCGGUUUGUUGCUUAACUCUGUUGAAAAAUUAGUCUGUCUGAAAGUUAUGUGUACUUGCAUUAUGCGUGUGAUAGUUCUACUUGGUGAAGACUCAUCAAUUGCGAUUGCUUUUGGCAGACAACAUCGUACACAUAAGCCGUCAUAAUUGACCUCUUGGUCUCAUACGAUAAUUAGUUACAACUUGUCAGUUGAAUUAAUAUCUGAUGAUCAGUAAUGACUUGAUAUUGUUCAUCUAUCUGGUUGGUCAUUUUAUAGUACUUACCACUCAUUCAGAACUAGGUGUCGUCCCUCAAAAUCUGUCUGAAUGGCACAGGUUCAUUUACUUUUCCCUUUAUUUAGAUCCUGAGUUGUUAAAAUAUUUAAAACUUCUCAUUAUUCUACGAGUUGAUAUUUUCUCGAGCCAUAUCCUCUUCGUCUGAUGCUUUUUUUAAUUAUUGCUAUUACUGUUGCUUUUCUACCGUCUUGGUAUUUGUCGUGAUAGAUUCUCUUUCCGCUUAUAUGGUGUGGCAGCCUAGAUCAAUGCUGAUACACGCCAGCUCCAACAUUACUCAUAACUGUCUGACUUAUGCUUGACUUUAAGCACUUUAUUGGUCAAUGUUUAGACCCGAAAUCAAAUGAUAGUUAAGUUAUUCUGUCAUUUUGUGUAUGUUGACAAUUUGAUGUCUAUUAAAAUAAAAGAGCAGGCGAUACUUUAAGUUCAUCUCGUUUUCUAUUUUUAAAACUGAUUGGUCGUAUUUAGUAUGUUUGUUUCCUGCUCGGUCUUUUCUUCGUUACUUUUCUUCAGUCGUACCUCCAUCGGGUUAAAUAUUUGAACUUCUAGUUAUGCAUUUUUGUGUCAGAUUCUACAUUUCACCCUUUUUGCCUUUAUAUAAUUUCGUUUCCACAUCCUCAUAUUUGAAUUUUAAAAGUUAUUUAUCUUUCUACUUGUCAGUUCUAAAGGUUACCGGUAAACACAGGAGUAUUCGGUGUUUUUUUAUAUCAAACUGCAGGGUUAAUAUCAUCUAUGGCUAGUAAAAAAUGCAUGCCCUUAAUAACUAACUACAAAUCAGAUGAUUCUUCGUUGGAUGGUGAUGCUGACUGUGAUGAUAUCUUUAAUAGUCUCACAGAGAAUAGUCCAAAUAAUGCUAGUGAUGAAGACGACCAACCAUUGUCUAAUUUCCGUCAUCUUCACUCAUCACAAAAUGAUUUUCUAAAAAGCUUGACUGUUAUACAACCGUCUGCAAAUGAUUCCUCUAUCGGUUCAUUUAAACAACAACUCAACUCUCCUGAAGACUCGAUAUUACCAAAUAUAUCUGAUUCAGAAGAUUCUGAUUCUUUCUCAUCCAGUACUGAUGAGGAGUUCAAGAAAUUGGUGGAUACUUGUUCUUCAUUACCUGUAACUGAACUCCUUAGAUCCAAACAAUUUACACUUAUGUAUAGUGAUAAAAACUGUCAAAAAGGCAAAUCAGAUAGAAUAAUAAACAUAGGCUAUUCACAAUUUUUUCAAGAAAUUCAAUCUUCUAUAAAAUAUGAACAACCUAACGCAAGUUUUCACGAUAUAUGUCAAUUAGUUGAUAAGCGAUGGAAUCAAUUAUCAAAAGUAGAGAAAAAAGAAUACAAAAGACAUUCUAUAGUAUCGAUGGAGUCACAAAAGAUGACCUCUUUAUCAAAAUGCAGAUCAAAACUACUCAAUUUAUUAAGCGAAGACAAUAAACAAUGCUGUAAUCCAACAUGUAAUAAUCCAGUUUCUUAUGAUCCUCGUUGGAAUGGUCAGUAUUGUUCAACUAAAUGUGUUGGAGAACAUUGUCAAUUAACCUUUAUUGAUUGGUGUAAUAAUAAACGAUAUGAUGGAAAGAUUUUAAAUGAUAAUUUAUAUACACUUCAAAGGAUUCCAAUGAUCUCUCCUUCUGAAACAAAUAUUAUCAGUACCAAAUCUCCUACUUAUAAGAAUGAUAAUACUGUUAUCAAUAAUUCCAUCAACACUACUGCUACUAUUACUACUACUAUUACUACUACUACUACUACUACUACUACUACUACUACUACUACUAAUAAUAAUAAUAAUAAUAAUAAUAAUAAUAAUAAUAAUGGUAAUAGACCUAUUAUGAUUGAUGCAUCCGAUUAUGUUGGAGUUAGUUUAAAAAGAAAACCUUUAUUUGAAUCGUUAAGAGCUGAACAAUUUAAUGCUCAAUCCAUUUUCAUUAAAACAUCAUCAAACACAUCAAAUUCUACUACUACAAGAUGAAAUAAAUAUAAAACUUUCCUAUUUUGUUUUUUUUACCCUUCUAUUUUGUAAAUUUAUUCUUCUUCUUCUUCUUCUUCUUCAAACAAAACACAAAAACAAAAUGAGACAAGUUUCCGAGAAAAAUGAUUCGUAUAUGUUGUAUAGUUUGUUUGUUUAUUUGUUUUAAUUUGGAAGCCGUUGGGGAUCGGUGGGCGAAAAAACAAAACAAAACAAGUUUACAAAAAGAAUGAUUCCUAUAUUGUAUAGUUUAAUUGUUUGAUUGUUUCUUUGCAACCGGGAAGAAGAGUGUCGGUAAAACAAAACAAAAGAUUAGAACAACAUUUGAUGCAUUUUUUUAAUUUUUGUUAAAAAAAUUUAUGUAUACACAUUGAAAAUUUUUUUAUAUUUGUAAAGAGGUUUGUAGGGUGGGUUUAUUUUUUUCUCUCAUAAAAUCAUUUUUCGUUUACUAGUUUAUAUUUUCGGGUUUUUUUUUCUUUUUUUAAAAAAAAAUUAUUUAAAUAUUUUCUGGGGAAAAAAAAACUAAUCUCAGAUCAAUAUUCUAAUAAACAUUUUUGUAUAGAAUAAUGGAUGGUUGACAAUAAGUGGUGGUGGUAGUGGUGGUGGUGAAAUGUCAAUUUAUGGUAUCUAUGCUGAAGUCUUCUAUAUACAUUUUUUAUUAUUUUGACAUCAGUAAUUUGAUUAUUCUAUAAUUCAAUAAAUUUCAAUUUGAGAAUUUUUCUUUUUUCUUUUAUGAUUGAAUUAUUUGUGAUUAUGAUAUAAAAUAAUGAGAAACAUGCUCCCUUUCCCAGGAUUAUAAAUUUCAAAUAUUGAACAUUUAUUUACUUAAACACAUAAACAACAGUACAAAGAGGUACCGAAUAAAUAUGUGUCACAUAUAUCAUUCGAUUUGUGUAACAGCUAGCAUACUGAUUGCGUAAUCAGACCGCAAAAGAUAAUUUCCUUGAAAGCGACUCAUGAGAAGUGUACAUACACAAUCCUGUAUACGCGACUGGAAAGGGCACAGGAAAUAACUAAUAUUUAAAUAUCAUGUGACACUCUCGUAUGCAAAUAUGAACAAAAUAUCUUGGUGUUUGUUGGUGGUAGUUGGGUAUAGUUAUUGUCAUAUUAUUGGUUGUAUUGGUGUGUGUGUG